CAAGUUCUCUUGUUAGAGCUUCAUGGAAGAUAUUAAAGAUAAGAGUAUUCACCAUACCGCUAUAAAAAUAUGUGAAGAUUUUAAAACAUCACCAUCGUAUCAAGCCUUAUUUCAAGAUAUUCAGAAAUUAGUUUCCACACCCAGUGUUAAAUAUGAAGAUUUCAAAGAUAGUUUACUCAAAGCCAUGAAAGAUAAUGGUUUAGACGCCAGUCUUAGAAACAAUGUCUAUCACUGGAUGAAAACUAAAAAAAAAGAAAUCGGAUCACCACACGACACGUUUUUUAGAAAAGCGCAGAUUCACUGGGACAAAAGGAUACAUAAAUCACUAAACUCCAUGUGUACAGAACUCGGAAUAAAUUUGGCAAAAAUAAGAACCGUUUCCGAAAGGGAAGAACUGGCUGGCAAGUGGGGCGAACUCAGCAACUACGAAGUUGAUAUUCACAAAUAUAGACCGGUCUAUGCACCUAAGGAUUUUUUCGAAGUUCUACUGAAUCUUAAAGGGCCAACUACAAGAAAUAAGGGUUCUCCGAAAUGGGAAUUCGCACAGAUGCCUCUAAAAGUGAAAAAUUUGGCAGACUUGAGGUGCCUCUAUUUAGAAUUAUCACGAGGCGAACAAAUACUGGGUGUAAACUCGUCACUGUUCUCUUCUCGACAGUACAGUGCUUUAGAAGCGGAACGAAUGAUAUUGGGUGAUAAAGUAUUAAUCAAAAAUUAUGCACCAAUGGCUCAAGAAUUCUUGAAAAAAGGUUGUCCGAAUUCGUUGAGAGCAAAAAUUUGGACGCUCAUCUUAGGGGCAGAAGUAAAACCAUAUCAUUACGGUUACUUCGAAUCCUUGAAAGACAGUGUUCUUCAGUAUGAUUUAAUGAUUGAUAAACUGAUAAUUAAGGAUAUUAAUUUAACAGCAUCCAACGAUGAUCAGUAUUUUGUGUUUGAAGAUGUGUUGUAUCAAGUAUUGUUAUGUUUUUCGCGAGAUGGUGAGAUUCUAAAGGACUUGUCUACUCAACCCGGCUUUAUGCAAGUGGUUAUAAAAGGAAAACAAAGCAACACCGAGAACAACAUCAUUUUCCCUCCUAGUGGUGUAAUUCCCUUUCAUGGUUUUACAAUGUACGCUGCUCCGUUCUGUUAUUUGUACGACGACCCUGUGCAACUCUAUUUCGUUUUUCGCACUUUCUACAUACGCUAUUUUCACCGUUUGCAUCGAGUUUGUGGAAAUCCUCAAGGAGUGGUUUCACUUUGCUUACAGUACGAGAAAAUGUUACAGUGUUUUGAACCUGGCUUAUGGCACCAUUUUAGAAAAUGUCAAAUUCAUCCAGUUCGAGUUGUUAUUAAGUGGAUAAUGCGUGCAUUCAGCGGACAUCUUCCGCCGGAACAGUUGUUAAAUCUGUGGGAUUUAAUCUUAGCUUAUGAUUCGCUGGAAAUCAUACCAUUACUCGCUGUUGAUAUUUUAGUGUUCCGAAAAGAUAAUUUAUUGAAAGUGAACACUUUGCAAAAUAUCGAAGCUGUUUUAGCAGAUUUAUCCUCGAUUUCUGUUAUACCGUUGUUGCAAAUGUCACUGUUAAAAGAAUAAAGUGUAAAGCAAGAAGUUAAGACA